AAAAAUUAUUUCCAUUUUUCUAUGAUUAUUUUUUAUUUUUUAAAAAGGACUCAACUAACUGUAGAUAUACAUACAAUACAAAGUAGAGGAAAAAGUGGUAUAAUUAAACAUGGCAGUGGCCACUCAAAGCAACGUUGCUUUCGAUAGACUUCAAAUGGCCGAGAAGUAAUUCUCUCUCUCUGAUCAAAACCCAUAUACGAACACUUCCCACCGCCAUUUUUAACCACCGCUAUUCUUCAUUCCAUAUAUACAUUUCUUCUGCAUAUACAACAUAUAUACACAUUUAUAUCUAUCUAUAUUUGUUCAAUUACACGAGCUACGGCUGUUUUGGAGUGAAAUUUGCUUGAGAGAAAGAAGACCUUUUGAAGCUGAAUUCGAUUGAGUUCAGCUGAAUUUUCAAUUGGGUGAGACAUUUAUGGAGAAUUUAUCUGCCUUGACUUUAACCGAAUCCGGGUCAAUCGGAGUCGGGCUCCAAAAUGGUGAAUCCGGGUUUGAUUCGGUCCAAUUCGGGGAAGAAAUACAGACACUGAUCACCGUAACGCCGGAUAACGCGAGCUCCUUCACUGCGCUUUUGGAACUACCGGCGAAUCAAGCCAUGGAGCUUCUUCACCAUGUGCCGGAAUCCAAUGGAAAUAAAAUUGCCGGCGAUCCGCUCCACAACAAACCCUUCCCUCAACAACUACCGUUCGGUUCCAAUCUGACAUUUCUUUCUGACCCCGCGUUGAUUGAACGCGCCUCCAAGUUCUCAGUGUUCGCCGGCGGCCAACACUCGCCGGAGACGACGAGUUCGGUUCCGUCGAACUCGAGCGCUAAUUUGGAUAAGGUAAAGAACGAGCCUACGGAGACCGAUUCGAACCCGAACUCAUCGCAGCCGUUGGUUUCGGAUCCAAUGGUGGAGGAGAAGAGUCAGAAGCCCUUAAUGAAGAGGAAGGAGCGAGAAAAGAAGGCAAAGGUUUCUUCGAAGAAAAGCAAGAAUGAAAUCAGAGAAGACGCCGAGAAGCUUCCUUACGUUCAUGUUCGAGCUCGUCGUGGUCAAGCUACUGAUAGCCAUAGCUUAGCAGAGCGAGCUAGGAGGGAAAAGAUUAAUGCUCGGAUGAAGUUACUACAGGAGCUCGUUCCUGGUUGCAGCAAGAUUUCGGGAACAGCAUUAGUUCUGGAUGAAAUCAUCAACCAUGUACAGUCCCUACAACGUCAAGUGGAGUUCUUAUCAAUGAGACUCGCGGCGGUUAACCCGAGAAUUGAUUUCAACCUUGACAAUAUACUAGCUACUGCUAAUGGAUCUGUAAUGGAAGGUAGUUUGCCCAAUAUGGGUUCACCUCUGAUGUGGCCUGAGUUCCCUCUCAAUGGAAACAGACAACAAUAUCAACAGCAAUGGCACUUGGAUGCCAUUGGUCUUCAGCAACCACUUUGGGGGAGACAGGAAGAUAGUCAUACUUUCGUCACGCCAGAGAACUCGCUUUUGACUUAUGACUCUUCAGCGAAUUCAGCGUCGCUGCACUCGAGCCAAUUGAAGAUGGAGCUGUGAAAGGGCAUAGUAGAGAGUUCUUCCAUUAGCAGCUAAUAGUGUAUAUAUCAGAUAUAGCAUUAGCAUUUAGCAUGAGGUAGAAAUGAGAGUAUGCCUCAAAAAUUUCAUGUUUGCCAUGAGCUAGCUCUAUUUGUUAGAGUCAGCUAAGUUCCUUCACUUAGAGGGAAAAGAAAUUUGGUAUAUGCCAAUUCUUAUAUUAUUAUUAUUAUUACUACUACUACUACUAUAUAAGUAUAUAUACUUACUAACUAUCUUUAGGAUCAUUCAAUCUAGAUACUUAUUUUGUGAGAUGAUUGAUUGAUUACUAUUGUAAAAUCAUUGAACCAACUAUUAUUGAAGUUUUUAUUUUCUCCAAA